UUUGUUGCGAUUUCGCCGAAAACAGUGUUAAUUGUCGCGAUUUGUGAACCGAUUCUCUCGUGAAAUGUGCGCCAAAGAGGAGCGGCUUCGGUGAGACAGCGCUUAGAACAGGGUUUGGAACAGAGCGUUGGUUUGGAGAGGGAGAGGCCGACGCCCAUCACUCUUGAACACAGCGUUUGCCAACAUUGCUUCCAUUGGAAGUCUUUGCGGAGCGAUGGGUUGCGCCAUGUCUGCCGAAGAGCGGGCGGCGCUCGCGAGGAGCAAACAGAUCGAGAAGAACCUGAAGGAGGACGGCAUCCAAGCGGCCAAAGACAUCAAACUGCUGCUCCUCGGCGCGGGCGAGUCCGGCAAGUCCACCAUCGUCAAGCAGAUGAAGAUCAUCCACGACUCGGGCUUCACGACCGAGGACUUCAAGCAGUACAAGCCGGUGGUGUACUCGAACACGAUCCAGUCGAUGGUGGCGAUCCUGCGCGCCAUGCCCAACCUGGGCAUCGCCUUCGUCAACAACGAGCGCGAGUCGGACGCGAAGAUGGUGUUCGACGUGGUGUCGCGCAUGGAGGACACGGAGCCCUUCUCCGACGACCUCCUCAGCGCCAUGAAGCGCCUCUGGAUCGACAACGGCGUCCAGGAGUGCUUCGGCCGCUCCAACGAGUACCAGCUCAACGACUCGGCCAAAUACUUCCUGGACGACCUGGACCGUCUGGGCCGCAAGGAGUACAUGCCCACCGAGCAGGACAUUCUGCGCACGCGCGUCAAGACGACGGGCAUCGUGGAGGUGCACUUCUCCUUCAAGAACCUCAACUUCAAGCUCUUCGACGUCGGCGGCCAGCGGUCGGAGCGCAAGAAGUGGAUCCACUGCUUCGAGGACGUCACGGCCAUCAUCUUCUGCGUGGCCAUGUCCGAAUACGACCAAGUGCUGCACGAGGACGAGACCACCAACCGCAUGCAAGAGUCGCUGAAGCUGUUCGACUCCAUUUGCAACAACAAGUGGUUCACCGACACGUCAAUCAUUCUGUUCCUCAACAAGAAGGAUCUCUUCGAGGAGAAGAUCAAGAAGUCGCCGCUCACCAUCUGCUUCCCCGAAUACACAGGCGCCCAGGAGUACGGCGAGGCGGCCGCCUACAUCCAGGCGCAGUUCGAGGCGAAGAACAAGUCGACCACCAAAGAGAUCUACUGUCACAUGACGUGCGCCACCGACACCACCAACAUCCAGUUCGUGUUCGACGCCGUCACUGACGUCAUCAUCGCCAACAACCUGCGCGGCUGCGGUCUCUACUAG